AUGGACUUCACACUACGAUGUAACUACUUGAAGUGUCGCAGUCCCCUCAACGACUGUGCCGUUGUCACGACCUGCAGUCACAUCUUCUGCAUCAACUGCUCCGACAGCCUCGGACUAUCGAACGCAAACGGCGGCAUCCGCUCUUGCCCGGCGUGCGAGACUCAACUGGCCAACCCGGACGAUGUCGUCGUAGCGCAUCUCAACCCGACGGAGGACUAUAAGACCAGUGUGCUCAGCGGCCUCAGCCCAGGGAUCAUCAUGGAGUGCGCUGGGCGAGGGCUAGCCUUCUACAGCUACCAGUGCACGCAGGAGAUCGUGUACCAAGAAUAUCUUGCAAAGAGCCUGACGGACAAGUACACCUCGCUCAGCGCGCAUAUGAAUAAGAUUAUUCACGACGCGAACUCCGAGAUAACGGGUCUCCGGGACAAGUUGGCAGCGGUGCAGGUCGAUCAGAAGAACCUCGAGCAGCGGCACAACGACUUGACUGACGCAUUCCGGGAGAAGACCAAGGCUUUCCAGCAGAUAGACAAAGCCUACCGAUCACUCAAGGCUCAGGUCAUGUCUGCACAAGUCGCUACAGCGGCUUCAGACGACGCCGAGAUCGCGUUGCAAAGUGUUACAAGCAAUCGCUUCGUGGACCGUCUCGGUACUCGUAAUAGCGGUCAGGCCGAUGGUCAUCGAUACCCGGUCGACCAACGAGGCAUCGAACAAAUACACAGCCGUCAGAGAAGCGGUGGAUCAGGCGAAGGCCGCGGAAGAGCCGAUGUACCUCACAGCGUCGGGUCCGUGGGAGGUAUCAAUGGUUGGAAUCAGCCUGCACAGGCCAGUCGCGGGUUUUCUUCCCGUACGUUGAUCAAGCAUCGACUGAUGAAGCUGUGUUAA